CGGCGGUUGCCUGGGCGUGGCCGGUAGCGGCGGGAGCUGCGCUGGCCAGGGGUUCCGGCUGUAUUUCCAUGAGCGCAGCCGGCAGCCGCGGAGCUGCGGGAACCAGACUCGGGGCCAGUUGGACCGCCAGAGUCCACCGCGCAGCUUUUAGGUUAAUUUGAAUAAGAGAUCGGACCUUAUCGGCCCAACCGUACUUCAAGGAAAACCCAUAUUCUCUGUGAGAGGAAUAAGUGAUAUAGAUCAAGAUGAAUGCCAUGCUGGAGACCCCUGAGCUCCCAGCUGUGUUUGACGGGGUGAAGCUGGCCGCAGUAGCUGCUGUGCUCUAUGUGAUCGUCCGCUGUUUGAACCUGAAGAGCCCCACUGCCCCGCCUGACCUCUACUUCCAAGACUCCGGCCUCUCCCGCUUUCUGCUCAAGUCCUGUCCUCUUCUGACCAAAGAAUACAUUCCACCAUUGAUCUGGGGGAAAAGUGGACAUAUCCAGACAGCCUUGUAUGGGAAGAUGGGAAGAGUGAGGUCGCCACACCCUUAUGGGCACCGGAAAUACAUCACUAUGUCAGAUGGAGCCACUUCUACCUUUGACCUCUUCGAGCCCUUGGCUGAGCACUGUGUUGGAGAUGACAUCACCAUGGUCAUCUGUCCUGGAAUUGCCAAUCAUAGUGAGAAGCAGUAUAUCCGAACCUUUGUAGACUAUGCCCAGAAAAAUGGCUACCGGUGUGCAGUGCUGAACCACCUGGGUGCCCUGCCUAACAUUGAGCUGACCUCCCCUCGAAUGUUCACCUACGGCUGCACAUGGGAGUUUGGAGCCAUGGUGAACUACAUCAAGAAGACAUAUCCCCAGACCCAGCUGGUCGUCGUGGGCUUCAGCCUGGGUGGUAACAUUGUGUGCAAAUACUUGGGGGAGACUCAGGCAAACCAGGAAAAGGUCCUGUGCUGUGUCAGCGUGUGCCAGGGGUACAGUGCACUGAGGGCCCAGGAGACCUUCAUGCAGUGGGACCAGUGCCGGCGCUUCUACAACUUCCUCAUGGCUGAUAACAUGAAGAAGAUCAUCCUGUCCCACAGACAAGCUCUUUUUGGAGACCAUGUUAAGAAACCCCAGAGCCUGGAGGAUACGGACUUGAGCCGGCUCUACACAGCAACAUCUCUGAUGCAGAUUGAUGACAACGUGAUGAGGAAGUUCCAUGGCUAUAACUCCCUGAAGGAGUAUUAUGAGGAAGAAAGUUGCAUGAGGUACCUGCACAGGAUAUAUGUGCCUCUCAUGCUUGUUAACGCAGCUGAUGACCCCUUGGUGCAUGAAAGUCUUCUAACCAUUCCCAAGUCUCUCUCAGAGAAACGGGAGAAUGUUAUGUUUGUGCUGCCUCUACAUGGGGGCCACCUGGGCUUCUUUGAGGGCUCCGUGCUGUUCCCUGAGCCCCUGACAUGGAUGGAUAAGCUGGUGGUGGAGUAUGCCAAUGCCAUUUGCCAAUGGGAACGGAACAAGUCGCAGUGCUCUGACACGGAGCAAGUGGAGCCUGAGUUAGAUUGAGGCCUCCGGACUCCCGGCGCGCUCCAGUGGCCCUCCUCUGGAACCCACGUCCCCUUGAAGGAUGUUUCAGGUCUCCCAUCUCCCUCAGUGACCUGGAUCUGACCUCACACCAUCAGCGGGGGCAACCCACCAUGCAACCUGUCUCAAGUAGGCAGCUCUCCCUGGGAGCUCCAGGCUAUUUUUGUGCUUAGUUACGGGUUUUCUCCAUUGCAUUGUUAGCCAUGAUGACAAGUGACAGGAUUCUCACCCUCCUGUCCAGUUUCAGCAUCUGAUUACUUUCAAGCCAAUUACAUCUAGUUUUCCUAUUAAAAAAUGUGUCUGAACAGCAGUUUUGCCAAUCAAAAGGCCUUUCCCUGAGAACAGUGAAGGAUGUAUGUUAUUUUGUGAUGGUUAUACUUCCUUGAUGGAGCCCCCAAGAGUUCAGCAUCACAGACCAAUGCUGAAGAAACCACUCAGCUUGGGAGUCUGAAAGCCUGAGGCCUCCCAGACCUGAGCUUCACCUCUGAAACAGGAAAUUCUUGAGUUGCAAGACAAGUUUUCUCCCUCGCCAUCUUCCAAGAUGAUUUCCUCGAAUCUUGCUGCUGCUGAGAGUCGCGUGGGGCAUUUGUUUAAAAAUUCAGCCUCCCAGGUCCCUCCCCUAGGAGAGGCUGAUUUAGUGGGUCUGGGAAGGGGUCUGGGGAUUUUAAUUUUUGACAAGUGCCCCAAGGGAUUGUCAUCACCCAGCAAACUGAGGGAAACACCGAGCUGUAGCUCCUUUAGAUAGAAACAUCUUGGUGGCUCAUUUUAUUGACAUUCAUAGUCUAUAUAAUCUCUUUGCUCCCAGGGGCCUCAAGACCUGUUGUGUGGAUGCCCUCAUGUGAUCUCAGUAUGGUGUCCCCAAAAAAAGCCCUGGGCGGGAGUGGACAUUUGGACUGAGCCCUGGCUCUGCUUCUCCCCGGCUAUAUGACCCUGGAUAAGUCCCUUUGGACUUGACUCUUUUCCCUUAUGAAAUGGGGGACUUGGGCCAGGUAAAUUGCCGAGAUGACCACCAGUUCUGAAGUUCAAUGACAAACUCAGUGUACUGAGGUUUGAGAGAACAUCCCUCCAGGGAGAUCCGGGAGACCCUCUCCCAGGCUGAGCAUGCAGAUGUCAUUUGCAAUUCUUUCUCCCUCCCCUACUUCAUAUAAAGAGAUUUGGAGAUCUUAAGCACUCACUUGUGAUUUUUAGGUUUUUAUCUUGGGUCCCUCUAACUCUGGGUUUUGAUACCAAACAAUUCAAAAGUUGGAUCUGAGUUUGAAGAAAUAUAUUUCCAGCUGAACAGGUCACUAUUUGAAAAGCAGCUUUGUAAUUAAAUAACCUCUGUGUGUUGUCUGUUGGAUAGAUCUUUCCCAAUGUCUCCUCAAUGGACGUAUCACUCUAGGGUUCAAGUACUCCCUUUCUGGAAUCCUGUGGCACUUGAAUUUCUAAAAAUCCUGCACUUUCAAAAAUCAGCAGUUGCUAUCUGGAACUAAACCGAACAGUGGAUGAAUUGCCUGGCUGCUGUUAAGCUUUUUCCCCUCUAUUUCAUCUCCUUUGACUCCAAGACAGACUGGAAUAUAGUAGUGGUCUGUGUGGCUGUUUAAGGGAGCCACCUAAACACCUGAAUGCCAACCCUCAGGGCCACAGAUGGAAUAUAGCUUGGGCAUUGGUCCAAGUGACUGUGACAGUAAUGUCUGUAAGCUGAAGAAAUUGUUUUCUGACAAUCACCAGAUCAUCCCAAUAACAUCAUAAAUUGCCAUGCUUUCAAAAGACUGAGAUGUCUAUGGUCUCAACUUUGCUUUGAUAUAAUUUCUCACAUAAAAUUCUGUCACUGUGCUUCCCCACCCUCAAAGUUUCAUUUCUCUGCUGCAUUUCUUGUUUAUAUCCUUUUAGUACACAUUGGCACUUUAUUAUUCAUCCCUCAAUUUGGAAGCUAUAGUCCUUCUCUGUCAAUUUUCCCUCCACACAAUUGCAGCUAUGAUCUAGAAGAUUCACAUAGGUCCCACUACUAUGGUCAUUCCUCGAGACUUGUUAUGAAAAUAAGUAAACCAAGCAAUAAGGUGUCACCAUCCCAGGAAGCAAGGGGCUCCCUUCACUUGCCUGAGGCCACAUUUUUCUCUCUACUGACAGAGCAGUGCCCUGGGGACUACCCCCCUUCAGGGGAUAUGUCAGCCCUGUUGUCACUUUUGGAAGGAGGUGGGAACCUGGCCUGCACAGCAGUCCUGGGGGCCCACAGAGGAGAGGCAGGGCUGGGACACAGCCUUUGUCACCCACACUACCGGAAUUCCACCCCCCAUGACUGGGGGAGCGGGGCAUGUUCCAGCUGAAAGCCCCUUAGUGUAUGGCUCUGAAUGGCACUGACGUUUCAUUUUGGUUCACACAAAAUCAACUGAAGCUCUUUAUUCAAGUUCAGGUUCUCAGGAAUGGAAAUGAGAACAUGACCGUGGCCGACUUACAGGAAAAUUUUUGUUUGAUGCUGAAUGAGCACAGAGGCACUGAGUGUAGAGAUGCCAACUCGCCUGAUAAAUGAGGGAGCUGCUCUGUAUAUGGGUCAUCCUCUUCUUCCUCUUUCCUUCCUCUGGGCUUCCUUGCUUUUUUUCCCAAAGUCAUUACUUUCUGAUAAUGUUGUGAAUUGUCCUCUUGCUAUUUAAGGACUUAUUUGGACUAAAACAAGGCUAACUUUUUAGAGAAUGUUUGAAUUUUUGUUUUAAAAUCAAUGAUAUAAAUUUCAUAGAUUUAGACAAUUCUGUAGCAAGAAUAACAUUAAAACCAAGGGGGAAAGCAUCCAUAUUUCUCCAGUUGUAUUUCCUGCCUCCUAAAUAAUUUGAAGAUUCCUAUCAAAUUAGGAUUACCUAUCUUGGAAAAAGUGUCAAGACUGCAUUUCUAAUGGCAGGGAGUUUCAGACUUGAAGAAAUCCCUUUCUUUCCUUUAGUGACUUUGCACCACUGAUCUCAGAGCAGAAUGAAGAUGGAAAGUUUAUUGUACUAUAUUCUUUUAACUUCUGCGGCAUUUUAUACUUGUAGAGAACCUUAGGAUCUACUAAAGUAUGCCUGAAAGGGCAGUAGUCCUUUAUUCUCAUGGUGUUAUGGAACCAGGGUCUGGAAGGCCUGUCUUCUCAUCCCCACUUGCUCUGAAUCAUAUUGAACACAUGGGCAAGUCAUUUCACCUCUCCAAGCCUCUUACCUCAUCCUACGUCUAAGACUACUUCAACCACUCAUGUAUCUAUCAUUUGUUCAGCCACUGCUAAUUAUUUGUCUGAACUUGGCCUCUAAGGCCCUUGCAGGUAGAAACAGGAGGGUCACGGCCCCUAGGCUCAUCUCAAGAGGACUUGGGGACAGGGAGUUUGUACAUACAGCUUUUUCUAGUUAGGACCUUGGAUAGCAUCCAAAGACAACGUCUUUGGCCUCUUACUUGUCUCCACUGCUAUAACAAGUUUUUUUGCUAUUGUCAGAGUGGUCUUGUAACUGUGGCAUCUAAGAGCCAUUGGGAUAAAGAUAGUAUCUCCAGCAUUUAGUGUGACCAGGCAGAGCAUGGAGAAUUGCUAGGGCAGAAAUCCAUCCUGCUCAGGUUCUCACUCUAAAUCCAGUCUCCACUCAGAUGAACUUGCUGGGUAGUUGAGCUUUUUAUGGCUGGCAUCUGAAUGAAUGCUCUCUUUGUAACUAGAUGACUUGAGGUAGAUUUUGCCAGCUCCAGGGUAAUAGUACAUGUGUUCUUGUUUGUGUUUGCUGGGGAAGCAGGUGUCAGAGAUGUGAGAGGCUUUUCUUUUCUUAUGGCCCUGAUCCUAACUUAGAGUGACAAGUUUUUUUUAAAAGCAUGUGGAGUUGAAGGACCUCAUGGGUUUUUCCUUUAGGCACACAGGAGAGGUCUUAGGAAGCAUUUCACUUUAGUGUUCUGUCACAGUAUCAUCUGAAAUUGUUUUCCUUACCCAGAAAGCCUUAACUUGCCUCUAGAAAACCCCCUGGUAUGACAGCAUUAUGGCAUAGGAAUUCAAAUUCUUCUGUUAUAAAUGUUUGAAGCAAAGCCACAGCAAUACCAGAGAAUUUCAUCAGGUGGCCUGGAGGCUUCUUAUGAUGUCAUGUCCACAUUUUCAUCCCCAACAACAUGAAUAAUCUGGAACAUCUCCAGCACCUGUCUCCCUACCUGUCUUCUUGGCCUUACUUUCUUUCAAAGUCAGUUUGGAUCACUCGCAGCCUGCCUGGGGCAUUUAGCAAUUGAGGGCCAGGUUUUCUCCCACCUCUGUUAUCUAAGCAAAAGCCAAUAACCCUACUUUGUAAACUAGAAUUGCUUUUUCUAAACUAUAUUUACAGCUGAAAACAUGAGAACCGACCCCUACUGGCAGAGGGAACCGGGAUGCCAUCCAGAGCAAAGGCUGCUCCUCUGACCUGUAGCUACUGCUGCUGCCACCAGGUGCUGCAGCCCAGCAUCCUCCUUAGUGACCCUUAGAAAUAGGCCACAGAGUCCAACUUGCCAGUCAUCCUUAGAUGCCUAGAAUAUAGACAGCUGCUCCCUUUGGAAGAAUCUGUCCACCACGUUUUCUGAUCUGUUUCUUCUUAGCAUGUAUGAGGGUAGGUUUUUCAUGUGUACCUAAUAAGUAAGCUGAAGUUCAUUUUGAACUGGAGGAUUAAGUCUGACAUCCUGAGUUUCAUGAAAUUCUCAGCUUUUAACUAGAUUCCUGUCAAUUAGUAAUAAAAGCCUUAACCUUCCUUCUCCCCAUUCUGGUCCCCCAUUCACCAGGAAAUCCCAUAUUGCCAUAAACCAGGGACAGUCCACUUCUAGCACUUGCAGAAAUGCCCCUAGUUUCAAUGGGCGUUCUCCUUCCAUACCACACACAUGCAGUGGCUAAUAGUUUCCUAAAAUAAUUGCCAACCCCCUUAGUCCCCAGCACCAACCACUGUGCUCCUGGGCCACUCACAUGAGGGAACCCCACUCCUGCCCAUAAGAGCUAGGUUCACUCUAGUCUUCAUUUUGGCCUCUUUAGUUUUCCUAAAGCACAAGCCUUCAUAGAAUCCUGUCUGCUCUCCACAUCCAUUCCAGAUGAUCUGGGUCUCUCCCGCUGCCUCAGGAAGACCUUCACUGUACCUGAGCUUUCAACUUCUUUCUGCCACUGCAGCUGCCUUAGUGACACCAGGGCUGGCAUGGAGGAGGGGGCCAGUUUGCCACCCUCCUUUUCCUUGUUAGAUUCCAACUAACCACAGUCUUAUGUUGGCAGAUCUGCUUCCAGAUUGAUUUUUGAGAACCAUCACUUUCACAUUCCUGAUUCUAGUUUGUUUUCAUUUUGUUCUCUUUGGGUUCAUGAAACUUCAAAUGCUGCCAUGGAAAUACUGUAUUUUUGAGUUUGUGCUCUGAAAGCCUCUGUGCUGCCAAGUAGAGGGAAAUACAGAAUCCUCUGGCACCAAGGUGUUUCAGAUUUGCAACUAGCAAUGCAAUUUUUUCUAAAUAUGAGGAUAGUUACCUUUAUUAAGAAAUUAUACUAAACAAUGGUGUCCUUGAUUACUUUAUGUUCUCACAUUACUUUUGAUUCUACUUUGAUUCUGUGUGGUGGUGAUCAAAGGUCAUUACAAACAAAAACUGUAAUUUUGUUAUCUUUGAUUCAAUGGAAUUUCUUUACUUAAAAAAAAAUAAAGACUGAAAAUGUA